AUGUCGAGCAUGGAGGCGCUGCGGCCCACUAAGCAGAUCGUGUCGGUGUUGCGGAAGCAUGGUCGCAUGAACCGUCGUGCGCUGUGGGAACAUCUCGUCGAAGAGCAGACAACGAUCAAGUCCAAGCUUCAUGCCAAGGAUUUGCUGCGGUGGUUGGUGCAGAAGAACCGUGUGCAGAUCCACAUGGUCACCAAGGAGCAGGCCCGAGACCAGGCCAAGUCCAAGCGGUGGGAGUACGAGGUGAACGAGUUCAACGAGCAGAAGGCCGAGCGCAAGCUGAAGCCCAAGUACGCCUACCCCAACGCCAAGCAGCAGCAGCAAUACCAGGAACGCAAGGAGAAGGGGACGACGCUGAAGAAGAGGCUGGCUUGCAUGCAAAGCCUGUUGGUCGCCAAGCGCAAGCAAUAA